UUAAUAAGUAAUAAUAGCAGGUUUGUUAUUCUCAUUAAAUAGAAAUAUUUGCUUUUAUUUUGUUGUUGUAAUCUGGACAUUAUAUCUAAAUGUCAAAGCUACAUCAGGCCACAGUUACUUUUUCAAGUGUACAUGUAAACACCAUAUAGUGCAGCAUAAUUUCAUCAUGAUGGUACUGAAACUUGAAAAGGCACUGAGGCACCGUGUAGUAUGAGUGAGGCCAGAGUCCAAUAAUUUAUUUCACUGAGUUUUUAUAAUCAUGAUUCAAACACAGAAGCUGAAGAAAGGAAAACAUCAUCUACCAUUGGCUAGAUAGACAACGCCUGAUCAUCUCCCAAUCAGGAUAAUCGUACCCUUACCAAGGUCUGCCUAGAGAUAUUUAUGAGACAACCCGUCUCCAGCCCAUUGUGACCCUCUAAUAAUUUAUACAAACAAUCUCUAGUAAUAACAAUCUCUAGUCACAACCAACUUCUAGUCCUGCACACAGAAGGUCAGAACUUCACAAACAGCUUCUUAGUAAAAACGUCCAUUACAGAAGGGAGCGCAGUUCUGCAAGAGGAAGUGGAGUUCUGCCAGGAGAGGACAGGGUUAACUGGAAAUGUAUUACCUGAGAGUUUACAUAAUAUUAAUACACAUUAUACUAACCUACAGAAUUUUACUUAGUAGAGAAAACUUUAAGGCUCUUCCUGGAGACACUCUUGAGUCGCAUGCAGUGCUCAUAAACUACAUUUACACAGUUGUUCAGUCAUGGUUGGACGCACACCCAGAUUGUCACUUAUCUUUGCUGUAUUGGCAGUAAUAGGAUUUAUACUGCUCAUUAGCAUCAUCACAUCUCUAAAGGAUUUAAAAAAUCAUCAACUAAGAUUUCCGCUCUACAAAAUUAAGAGCAGCAUUCACUCAGCCUUUAAGCCUCCUAAAGUCAUGUCCCCAGUGGUGGUACACCAGAAAUACUGUGGACAAUUUGUCCAGAAGCUCACAGAAGAAGAGGCCAUAGAACAGAGACAUUUGCUCAAUUCCCUUGCAUGGCCAGGUCCACCCGUGAAAGGCCUCCCUGUGAAUUUCAGCAGUAAUCCUGCCAAGAGCUACUUUGUGAUUCAGGGUCCACCAGAGCAACACAUAGGUGAUCAGCUUGUGGUUAAAGUCCAUGUACACAACUUCUUGGGCCAACCUAAGAAGCAUGGAGGAGAUUUCCUGAUAGCCAGGCUGCAUUCACCUGAGCUGCGUGCUGGGGUUGCAGGGAAGGUGCUUGACCACAAUGACGGGAACUAUACAGUACUGUUCCCGUUGCUAUGGGCUGGUGUAGUGAAAGUGCAAAUUACAAUGUUGCAUCCAAGUGAGGCAAUGGUGUUUCUUAAGAGACUACGAGAGGAACAAACUGACACAGUGGUUUUUAAAAGCCUAUUCCGCUCCGGCUCCCUGUCAGAGACAACUGACUGCGACAUGUGUCUUCCGAUCAACCAGAAACCACUCUGCAAUUACACUGAUCUUGAAACUGGAGAGCCCUGGUACUGCUACAAACCCAAAAAGCUAGGCUGUGACACACGAAUAAAUCAUUAUAACGGGGGUUAUAGGAAGACCUUCUUUAACAAGUAUGAAGCAGAUUUUUUCAGGAGUGGUGUAAAUGUCAGAGUGCCCAUACCCGCAGCAGAGGUGGACCAUGUGACUGUGUUACCUGCAGAAAAUAAUCAAACCGAAGUAAAAAGUACUUACAAUGCUGCUGGCUACUACUUUCAAGAUAACUGGAGGUCUUUGAGCGGUGCAGCCACCCAGCAGUUUAAUAACUCAUCAGCCAUAACAAAUUGUCUAAGAGGGAAGAUUGUGUACAUGCAUGGAGAUUCAACAAUACGGCAGUGGUUUGAGUACCUCGCUGCUUUUGUUCCUAACCUGAAACCAGUUAAUCUUUACAGCCUUAAUAAGGUGGGACCAUUCAUGCUAGUGGACAACAGUAAUAAUAUUUUAGUGAACUUUCGCUGCCAUGGGCCGCCCCUCCGCUCCACCCCAGUGCACUCAUCUGAACUGCGCUACAUUGCAAAUGAGAUAGAUAGGAUACAGGGUGGGCCAAACACAGUGUUUAUAUUAACUGUGUGGACUCACUUUGCCACUUACCCUAUCGAAACAUAUAUACGGCGUCUACGGCACAUUCGCAAGGCUGUGGUGCGGCUGCUGAACCGUGAGCCAGAUACGUUGGUUGUGAUCCGCACUGCCAACCUGCAGACCAUGAAUCCAGCAUACAGCCUGUUCUAUAGCAACUGGUUAAGUCUGCAGAUUGACACUGUGCUGCGUGCCAUGUUCAAAGGUCUCAAUGUGAAGAUGCUGGAUGCCUGGGAAAUGACGUUGGCCCACCACCUACCCCAUAACCUACACCCACCCCAAACCAUUAUAAAAAACAUGAUUAAUGUAAUCCUCUCCUUUACCUGUCCAGUUGGGAAAAAAUAAAAUUGUGUACAAAACCUUUGUAUUUAUUAAAAUGUUAUUAUUAUAAUAUAAACUGUGUGAUAAUGGUCACAAUAGUUCUCCAAAUUAGUUUCAAAAGUUAAUCU